AGAGCGUCGGCCGACCGGCCCCGUCGCCUUUGCCUGAAAAAACAAACAAAAAAAACCAAAAACGGAAACCCACAUGGACCGAGAGCCGCGCUGUGGCCGGAGGAUAUUCUCAGCUCGCCGAGGCCGCACGUCGCAGACCCGUCAUGCGUGAGACCGGCGUGGCGUCGGCCGCCGGGCUGUCCGCCUGACGGCUACAAAGUAGCGAGAGCACUGGCCGGAAACCAAUCCAAGCCCACUCCUGCUGCCCCCCGGCGUCCCGACUCCAUGGAGGUGUGACGGCCGUCCGCUGUGAGAGAAGGCCAAGAAGCGGCGGCUCGGCGGUGCGUGACUCUUCGCGGGGGCCUCACCAUGGCCUGGCUGACCCCAGCCAUAGAGAAAGACUUGGGGAUCGACGGGCGACAGCUGGGCCCCGGUCCCCGUCCUGGAGAGGUGGUGGCUCUCGUCCCGACCCGCUGGGUGACGGGCCUCCGGGAGAGGAGGGUCACGCGGUGCGCUCGCUUUGAGGGCGUGGGCGAGACAGAAAUCCGCAGCUUCCUGCAGCGCUCCCAGGCCAAGCUGCCGCCCGGCUGGACGCGGGUGUGCGUCCAGGGGGUUAGGAAGAGCAAGCUGGGUUACAGGUUGGCCAGAGAUCCCUGCUGCCGGGAAGGGAAGGCUGCGCCCCUGGACUCCUUCCUCGCAACCAUGCAGUGUGUGUCGCAGUGUAAUGUCAGAAACCUCUGGCGUGAAGCUUAUCUCAACUUGGUGCAGCCUUAUGCAGGGGCCACUGAACAGAUCCAGAUUGUAGCAUUAGAUGCUGUGCGUCAAGCACUGCAAAAGCUGUUCAAUUCUACAUUCAUCUCAACUGACAAAGUUUCACCAUCCCUUUCCCCUGCUAGAGAGAGGGAGAAAGAAACCCCACUUCCAUCCAGCUCUUCCUCUUUUUCUAAAUCCCAUUCAGACCAUCUGUGCCCCAAUGUCCUUCCUGCAGUGUGUCUUUUGGAGUCAGCAGAGAUUCUUUAUGUGGUUCUACCCUACACUCAGUAUUCACUCCAUGACAUUGUCUCUUACAGCCCGGCAAAACUCGCCACCAGUCAUGCCAAAGUACUUUUUAUCCUCUACCAGUUGCUAAUAGCCUUGCAAGCUUGUCAUGCGGCAGGCCUGUCUUGUGGUGAGCUGUCUCUGCAUGACAUAGCAGUAGAUGAUCAACUCUGCAGCCGUCUCAGGCUCAGCCUGGCCCAUUAUGAGGAAUUGGGGACAGAAAGAGAGAGAGAUGCCCACGUUACUGGCAGACAAGUGCCAAAAAGCAUCCUGCCAAAGGACAGUGCUCAUAGGUACAGUGCAAACAAGAGCCUUUGUAGAGACUGCUUUGAUAACCUCAAAUCCCUAGUCCUCGACUGGGUCCAUGGUCGAGUCAGUAACUAUUGUUACCUGAUGGAACUGAACAGGCUAGCAGGGAGGCGAGAAGGAGACCCUAACUAUCACCCAGUCCUUCCUUGGGUGGUGGAUUUCACUGUGCCAUAUGGAAGGUUUCGUGACCUCAGGCGGUCAAAGUUUAGACUCAACAAAGGGGAUAAACAGCUAGACUUCACCUAUGAGAUGACCAAAGAGGCUCUGGCAGCUGCAGUGGCUAAUGGUGGAGGGGGAAGUGGUGUAGGUGGAGACCUGGGUGGCUCUGUGGGUACCGGUGGUAUCGGACAGUCUGACCACCUCCACGUACCUCACCACAUUUCAGAUGUGCUCUCAGACAUUACAUACUAUGUCUACAAGGCCCGGCAAACCCCUAAGUCAGUGUUGUGCAGCCAUGUCAGGUCUCAGUGGGAGCCUAAUGAAUACCCAGCCAGUAUGGAGCGUAUGCAAAGCUGGACCCCAGAUGAGUGCAUUCCAGAGUUCUACACAGAUCCUUCCAUAUUCCGCUCGAUCCACCCUGACAUGCCAGACCUGGAUGUACCUUCAUGGUGCAACUCUUGUGAGGAGUUUAUAGAGGUCCACAGGCGUCUACUGGAGAGGAGAGAGGUGUCUCAGCACUUGCAUCACUGGAUAGACCUCACGUUUGGCUACAAGCUGUCAGGUAAAGAAGCUGUUAAGGCAAAGAAUGUGUGCCUCCAUCUUGUCGACAACCACACUCAUCUCACUAGCUAUGGUGUGGUUCAGCUGUUUGACCAGCCCCAUCCACCCCGCCUUGCUCCUUGCCAAUACUCCCCACCAGACCCUCCUCUUUUAGGCCUUGCUGCUCUUAAUGUGCCUUCUCUACAAGUACCUGUGCUCAACACCAUUGCUGACACUGUGGAUGGCAUGGUGCCAGAGUCCACAGGGUGUGAGUCCAGUGGCUGGACAAUAGUAGACAAAGAAGAAGAGCUUGAACAAGGCAUGGAAGCUCUCUCAUUAGCUUCCACUGGCUCAUCCACCUCUGUCUCCUCAUCUGUGCCGCUGCCAAACAUCAGUGCAGCUGCAGGGAAAAUGGGGGAACACACAGCACUCUUUGUAUCCCAGUCCCCGAGUUCAUUCCCCGGUGAGGGAACAGGCGGUGCUGCAAGCAGCCUGGGCACUGGCUUACGUGGUGCCAUGCUGCAAAGAGGGGCUCCUGUCAACAAAAAGCAAGGGGAGGGUAGCAUGACCGCUGCCAGUGUAGAAGACUUCAAGAUCACCCUACCUGAAGGAUUCAGUCCACUGCAGCCCUUAGAAGAGCUGGAGAAACUGAACAAUUUCAUAGUGAAGAGUUUGCACGCCGAAGUGUGCUAUUCAGCAGAGUCUAACGAGGAGAGGAAAGAAGGCAAGAUAAUUGUUGAGUCAGUUCCUCCUCUAGUACAGCUCUACCAAAGGGAUAUGCAGGCAUUUGGUGUUCUCAUUGCCGAGAUGUUUUAUUCUUCCAAGUUGAGAGGUUUAAAACUAGGAACACCCCUGAGAGAGCGUUUCCAAGCCAUUUUAAAACUUUGCUCUGCCAGCCUCCGUGAUGUGCCGUUGUCCUUGCAUCACGCUCUUGAGAUACUUUUACGCAUUCAAAAGCACUCUAGAAAAGCACAUAAAGAGAUAACAGAUUGCCCAAGGCCACUCCUUUUCAAAUAUGACCCCAUCUAUGAGGGCCUCCCUCCACCAAACCCUAGCCAGUUAUUGAGCCCUGUCAUCAGCCCCUUUCCUUUCCCCACAUAUUUCCCUGCACUUCAUCAUUUUAUAUUCUCCUACCAUGUUAAGAUGGAGAGCACUUGUAGCCUUCAAGGAAGAGAUGUAGUCUUUCACCUGUGGCAGCAGCUUGAGAUACUGUUACGGGGCAAUAUCACAGCUGAGGGUUUAGAAAUUCUCCUUCCUUUUGUGCUUGCCCUCAUGCUUGAGGAGUCCACUGCCAUCUAUGCUGCCUGGUACCUAUUUGAGCCCAUCUCUAAAGUGUUGGGUCCCAGAAACACCAGCAAGUUCCUACUGAAGCCUCUGGUCAGUGUUUAUGAGAACCCUCACUGCCUGCGUGGCCGUUUCUAUCUCUACACUGACUGCUUCAUUCUGCAGCUGAUCGUAAGGCUCGGCCUGCAGGCUUUCCUGUCCAACCUUCUCCCCCACGUGCUGCAGGUCAUCGCUGGCUUCGAGAGCUGCAUCUCACGCUCAGGAGGGGGAACUGGUAAAGGUUUGCGGGGCGGGACCUGUAACCUCGGAGAGGAAGAGGAGGAGGAUUUCCAGUGUGUCGACGGAUGUACAUCGUCUGGCUCUGUCAGUGGGAAGGUGGGAGGUAGCGGUGGAGGAAGUGGGGGAGUUGGAGUAGUGGGGGACACAGGGCUGGUGGACUACUCCUCUGGCAUCAGUCUCAAUGACCAGGUUUUUCUCACCGAGGGAGAGGACUUUCAAAAUGGGUUCUAUGUCAACAGUGGGGCCGGUGUGGCCGCUGGGAAGCAGCAGAGUCAGAGCUCUGCUGCUAAGGAGCAAGACCAGGAGUCCCUGAGUGUGGGGAGGCUAAGUGAUAAGAGCAGUGCUAGUGAAAUCUCCAUAGGUGACGGAGACUCUGCACGGGAGCGAGCCAGCCUCAAGUCAGCUGACAGCAGCCAGGACCUCAAGCAGGCUAGUGAGGGAGAGGAAGGAGGAGAGCUGGAGGAGGAAGAGAUAACUGAGGGUAAAGAGGGAACUGAUGAACCAGGUAUGCCAAGCACAGAGCUAACCCUCUCUGGUUGCACAGAGUGUUCUGGGGCUACCGUAGCCACUCUGGAGGGAGAGUUUGUGAAUGGGAUGUCACUCGAGGAAACUGAGAAAGGCAUGGUGGGAGAAGAAGAGGAGGAGGAACAUGAUCCAUCAGAUGACACUGGGGAGAAAGAACAAAAGAUUCUUCUUGAUACAGUCUGCAAGACAGUGAGGUGGCUUUCAGCAAAGCUCGGGCCAACUGUGACAUCGCGAUAUGUGGCCAGAAACCUGCUCCGACUGUUGACAACUUGCUACAUUGGACCUGAGAAACACCAGUUUUUGGCCCCUGUGUCUGAGGAGAGCAGCCCAGAAAGCGUGGGAAUGGGCAGUAUUUAUGAGAAGAAGCCUGUGGUCGGCGACCAGACGGCAGGGCCUGUUUUGGACUGUCUCAUCUACAUAGCUCACCUAUAUGGGGAGCCUGUACUCACGUACCAGUACCUGCCAUACAUUGGCUACUUGGUAUCGCCGCCCUCAUCACAGCGUCUAAAUACGCGUAAAGAGGCAGGUCUUCUGGGAGCCGUAGUGCUCACCCAGAAGAUAAUUGUCUUUCUUUCUGACACCACUCUAAUGGACAUGCUGAUGAAGAUCAACCAAGAUGUACUCCUGCCACUACUGGACCUGCUGACCUCCCCACGAAUGGGGUUCCCCAGUGGGAUGCAGACGCGCUCUGCGCUGUGUUACAAAACGCUCAGUCUGAUGGCGCUCAUCUGCCUGCGCAUCGGCAGAGAGAUGGUGCAGCAGCACAUGAUCGACACCCUGCGCCGGUUCUUCGCUGUGUUUUCUCUGCUGCAGUGUCUACAGUCACAGUUGGAGAGUGCCCCCCGCAGAGUGAUUGGUGAGGUUACCGUGGUGGAUCUGUGCACACCAGAGGAGUCUAAUGAGACAUUUGAGGUGGGAGUGCUGGAGGAGCUGCGGACAGUGUUUAACCCUGAGAUGGCUUAUGCUUCCUACAUCCCCUUCUAUUGCCUCAUUGGUGACACAGCAAUCCGUAAACUGGUUCCCAACCAUGAGCUGGUCUGGCGGUUGGCCCAGUCCUACCACGAGAGUGUAAGCCAAGGUAUUCCAGAGGCCAAUCCCACAGCAGUAUCAAGAGCAGAGCUCCCUCACACCUCCAUGGGCCUUUCCCAUGGCAUAGGCGGACAUAUGGGCCGCAACCCCUUCCCUACUCCCUCCAAUUCCUCCACCGCAGCACGAUCGGACUCCCUCCCAGAGUCUGGCACCUUCGGAAGCCACUUGGUUGGAAACCGUAUCCAAGUGUCCCGGGACACCGAGUACAGUGGUAGCCCCAACAUGACUUCAGUUGACUCCUGGAGGCGCUCCCACCCCAGCCAUACUGCCCCCGUUGUUACCACCGCCUCCACUUUCACCACCCUAUCCACCAGUGGCGCAUUGGUGACAGGCCCCAGUCCAGAGGACAGCGCUCUGAAGCAGGAGCUCCCUCGCAGUGGCCGCUCCCUGCAGGGCAAUUGGUUAGCCUACUGGCAGUAUGAGAUCGGCCUCAAUCAGCAGGACCCACACUUCCACUUCCAUCAGAUUCGACUGCAGAGCUUCUUGGGCCACUCGGGCACCGCCAAGUGUCUGGCGCCACUGGCUGGAGAGGACUACUUCCUGUCCGGCAGUAAAGACAAAACUGUUAGGCUCUGGCCCCUCUAUAACUACGGCGAUGGAACGCGGGAGGUAGAGCCCAGGCUGACGUAUACGGACCACCGAAAAUCUGUGUUUUAUGUCGGACAGCUAGAGGCUUCACAGGAAGUGGUCAGCUGCGAUGGUACCGUGCACUUAUGGGACCAGUAUACAGGCAAGCAGAUCCGCUCGUAUGAAGCCCUGGAUGGGAAGAAUCCCAUUACGGCUGUCACCACAAUGCCAGCUCCACACUGCAGUUUCGUCUUCGGCAGUGCAGAUUCUGUUCUCCGCUUCAUUGAUCCUCGCAAACCAGGGCUGCAGCACGAGUUUCGUCUGGCAUACAACAAUGUGAGUGCUGGGCUCAUCCGCUACCUGGCAGUCAGUCCUGGAGGGCGCACAGUGGCCGCAGGAUUCUCCUCUGGCUUCAUCGUCCUUCUGGAUGCUCGCACAGGCUUGGUUUUAAAGGGCUGGCCUGCACACGAAGGAGACAUCCUCCAAAUGAAGGCCGCCGAGGGAAACCUGGUCAUCAGCUCCUCCACUGACUACUCACUCGCGGUGUGGAAAGAUCUUGAACACAAGCCACUCCGCCAGUACAAGCUGUCCUCGGACCCCGUUCAUGCCUUUGACCUCUACGGUUCAGAGAUCGUGACCGGAACUGUAGCUAACAAAAUCGGGGUGUAUUCGAUGGCGGACAUCUCCCUCAGCCCUGUCAGUAGCACCAGGCUGAGCUCGGAGAACUUCCGCGGCACCCUCACCAGCCUGGCCGUCCUGCCCACCAAGAGACUUUUGCUCCUGGGCUCUGAGAAUGGGGCCAUCAGGUUAUUGGCCUAAGCUAGCACAAUGUCCCUCAGCUCCCCUAAACAUUCUGCCGCUGACCUUAAACGCAUCCUAGUCACAAAAAAGGCUCACGCCAGAUGCCCGAGUCCUGUUUCAGCCCCACCUCCUGUUGAAGUGAGGCCAGCUGAACUGACGAGGCAAGCCGCCAACUCCUCUAAACCGCUUUUACCGUGAGGGAGGCAAUGCUAGUAUAGUAGUUGCGUAAGCUUCCUGCCUAGAGAAACUUGCUGGUCUGGCAUUAGGCAACUAACCAAAUUAGUGAACUGGAGCGUUUACCACUCCGUCGAGAUUUAUCACUCUCCAUCGGAUCACAUGAUUUGUUUUUAAAGCAUUUUGCCUAUAGAUGUGUAGAUAGAUACCAUAUUAUGGAAGAUUCUUGUCUCAGCAAGGUCAGCUGUUCUUUUCUUGACGAGGUCGGCUAUUCUUUUGAAAAAGAAGGAACCGGAGGAACUGCUCAGGAAGGUGGAACCAACCAAACGUGGUUCUGAUGUAGUGUUUACACUUUCCAAAUAGAUGCAUACCAACACCAAAAAUACAUUCACUUCACCUUCCACGUACCCUUGACAUCUGAACACAAAAUGCAUCCAAUGCACUGACUAAACUAUGCAGUAUUUCUAGAUCAAACCGUUUUUGUUAGUAUUACCGUGCUUUACUGUGUGUUCGAUUGCGUAAUUUUUUUUUUUUUUUUUUUUACCAUCGAUUGUUUAUACAUCACGAACAACAAAACGUACAGUCACCUGUUUGGUCAGAUGACUGUGGGUUUCAUCAGUCAACAGUUCUGGUCCUCCACCCCCCCCCCCCCCGGAGUGGGCAUGCCUCAAUGGACGUCAUCACUGUAUAAGAUAAUUUAAUAUGCACAACCUUUUAUUCUACCGCACAAUUAUGAUCUGAAUCAUGCUCUUUAGACGCUUCCUCAGAUUUUAAGACCGAAUGUUUUUUUGUUUGUUUUUUUUUACCACUAAUCAGUACUUGAUGUCACUUUGAAAUAGUCUUAACCAGGUUUUCAUGUAGGGUUUCUUUAAGUUGAAGUCAAAGACCAACGCGGGUCUGGAAAUAUGUCACGACCUCGGCUCAUGAGCACUCCGUAGGCGGUUGCCACUUUGAUUGGGUACGCCAGUCCUUAGAUUUGCCACCUCCCCAUUUACCAGCUGCACAAAAUGAGCAUAGAAAGGUCAACGCCAAGACACAAGCAACUUUUAUAUCCUGAGAUUUCUAUGUAAACUGCACAUUAUUCAUGUGUUUAGAGCGGCAACUGCUACCCUACAUGACUAAGCUCCUGAUUGUACACGUGUAUCGUAAGCCUAUUUAAAGACGCGUCACUUGACCUCAGCCCAGUUUUUUUUUUUUUUUUUUUUGUGUGUGAUGAACAUUUUCUUGAACAAUAUUGCCACACCGUUUUGCCUGUUGCCAUAAUGUUUUUGUUGCCCUUGUUUGUCAUGUGCUAAACGCAGUUUGCUCACCGAUGAGUAAUAAUAUAAACUUUAAAUCCUUUACCCAAAGCUUUGACCAGUCCACUCUUGAUUUGUUUUAAUAAACUCACUGGC